AUGUCUAGAAGAUCUGUUGAAGAGAAGAUUGUCCAGCUUGGUCACCUUGCUGGUAAGCUUGGCGGAUUUGUUGGUGAAAGUGACAGUGUUAACAAAGCCGUUAAGAAUGCUAUUAUCGCUGUAAUUAACAGUAAUGAAGAGCUUAAAAAUGAAUACUCUUCUCAUGUUACUACCCUUUCUGAGUCUGUCAAAUCUGCUGACCAGGCUGUUGGCACCGUUGAAAUUGAGCAGCUUAGUCAGCGAGUUAGUCAAGAAAUUACUCUAAUUACUCAACGUAUUAAUAGCCCUAAAAACCUUCCUAAUAAUCUUCCUCCUUCCCCCUCUCCCUCUGCUGACUCAGCCGAAUUGCAGCCCAAGUUGGAGGCUUUGAGGAAGGUGGAGAAGCUUUGUGGAUUUUAUGAGAAUCUUAAUACUAAACAAAAUGAUCCUAAAAAGCUCUUAGAUAAUUUAUGUUCCGGCCUCGAAAAAUUCCUCGGCUUCAACUCUGACUCCAAAGGCUACGACGGCAGUGGGAUUGUGUACUCCGACUUGGACAGGCUGUGUGACGGGGUGAUGGCGUUUUUGAGUGGUGUUCUCAGUAACAUCAAAGAGCAUUUAGGGCAGCAUAAAGAUAUUAUUCAGCCUGUAAUUGAUACACUUAACACCAAUAAACACGGCGGUAAAAAAGGUUUUAAUGAAGCGAUUGGAAGUGUGGUCGAAGGGGUGGGGAGGUAUAAUAAGGCAGUGGAGCAGUCUAAUACCUCCAUAAAAACUCCGAUAAGAAAUUUGUAUAGCUACUUGAAACCUGAAAAAGGUGAGUUAACUAUCGGUCUUAAUGCUUUGCAGGUCACCGAGCAGCCUGGACAACACGUUGUCGACCAAGCCGAGAGGCUGGUGGCGACAACCCUUCAGAAAUCUAAGCAAUUUGACAGCGAACUUAAACGCGUCGAAACACAUAUUAAUGAUCUAAAUGCAAAUUGUAAAACACUUGUAAAUCACGCACGUAAGAAUGUUAGCUAUGAGACUAAGCGGCUGGAGGAGCUGUCGAAAAGCGGCAAGACCAGCAUGACCGACAUGGAGCGGAAAAUCACCGACACGUGCCAGACGCUCAAGGAGGCCAUCAAAUCGGGUAUAACGGCAGAAGUGGAAAUCCUUGUUCGUGAUUUGAAGAAAAAAGUAUUCGAUAUUUUGAUGCAACUUAAGGACAUUAACGAGAAAUUGAAGGAGUACGUUAGGAAUCUUGAUCAGUGGAUGUUGAAGGCAAACGCAGUGGCGAGCGAAGCUGCGGAUGAAGCUAAAUUCAUAAAUGGGAGACGGCCCGGAUUUGAAGAUCAGAAUGCAAUUAAAAAGAUUGUGAGGGAACUGAACGAAAGGAGCGGCGUGCUUUGCAGGUAUAUAGAUGACGUUAAGGAAGAAUUUAAUACGAAAGUCAAAGCAGCGCUUCAGCAAGUGAAAGACAUGGAUGGGAAGCUGAAAGAGGAUUUGAAGAAGGUGAAGGAUGAAGUAGGCAAAAAAGUAAAAGAGAUCAAAGAGGCGAUUGGAUACCUCUACAAUAAAGUCACUGGCACACUUGGACCGGUGAGUAAUGAGAAGACGAUUGAGGAGAUUAUGAAACAUAUUAAAGGGCAGGUGGAGAUCAUCAAGCAGAAAGUUGGAAGUGAAGACACACCAAAUAAAAAUGAUCCACUUAGCAUCGAUUAUAAUUGGGAUGCACUGAAGACAAAGAUUAUGGACCGCGUGAGUGAGAUAUACGAUAAGAAAGGAAUAGGAAAUAUGAAUUAUCUUGGUAAUAUCGAGAAGGGCGUUGCAACGUACGCUGCGUUGUUUAAUGACGCAAGAGUAGGAAAUGGAUUAGAAAAGACGGUUGGUGGAUGGGUAGAAGGCAUAGUCAUGAGUCAUGCGGUUCAAAGUUUGCUUAAGGAGUAUUUUGACCAAAAUAAAACCAGCGGCUACUUCGAUGGCAGUUUAAAGAAUGACAUUCCUGGAGCUUUACGAAGGUAUGUAACACCCAAUCUAAUGCUGAGUGUCAAAGAGGCUGUUCGUACGAUCAAACCCUCCCACAACUUCUACACUGCUAGCACUGUCAAUGAAAAGCUGAUAUACAUUAGGGAGUAUCUCGGCCAAUUAUCCAAUGACGUAAUGAGAAAGGAAGGUGAGAUUGUUUCCGCUGUUGCAGGUUUUGUAGAACUUCAAAAGGAUGUUGUACAGUACGGUAGGGGGAUUACACAGAGAAAAUUUUUUCUCACUUCUGCUGUACGCGUUGUUCUCUCAGCUCUCAAACACACUGCAGAGAAAAUUGCUGAACAACUUCAAAAUUUCACCGACGACGGAGCUAUAGGGUUGGGUAGUCGAGUUAAAGCAUCCAUAUUAACUGUAAAUCAAAUUGGGGGUGAAUUCGAGACUAUCGGUAAUUCGUUAGGUGCUAAGAUUCAAGCAGCGCUUGACGGUGUAAAACCAAGCAUUAAGAAUCUCCACUAUAAUGUGGACAAGUCGGUUGAACUCAGCGCUAGAGAAGGCGUACCUAAUGAUGCCAAGGCCGUCGACACUGCGAUCAAAGGCGUGACUGAAGAGCUUGAAAAGAAAUUGAUAGCGAAUGGAGAUACAGUCACGCUUGACAAAGAUACAACAUUUGCUCAAUACAACGGUUUCGUCGACCAAACUAAAGUGGGUGGUGAACCAGACGCAUUAGAGGGCACCCUCCCAACCAAGAUCAAAGAGAUUGGCACGUACGCUGACACUGGAUUCAGCGUUGAUCCAACCAGGGAGGCUCUGGAAAAAUGGUCGGAAAAUCUCGCCAAUAAUCUCAAAUCCCUCUUAACGGCAUUUGCCAAAAGCGGAACAUUUAUACAAGAGAAGUUGAACACACUCACAAAGGAGACUAUCGGGAAGGAUCUCAAACAAAUUAAAGAAAAACUUUCCGAGUUGCAGAAAGAGUUGGAAUCUGGUCCCAUUCAGAAGGCAACAGUUUUCUCUGAUGAAGCCCAAAAGUUACAACAGAAAUGCAUCCAAUCCCUCCACGUCCACGUUGAGGCCAAAAUCAAGCAAGCAAACUCCGACGUGACCACCGAGGCCCGCAAGCAGUACCUUUGCGCUGUCAAGUCGCUGCUCACUGUAUUCUCGAACAAGGUUAAGAGCGAGUUGAAUGCUGUUCUUCGAGACAUAAACAAUGACUUAAACAUAGGUCACAAAAAGUUCAUGAGUACGUUUGGAGAGACCUUCGUCAAAAGUGUUAACGACAUUGACGCCGUUAAUGCAAACGACUUCGCUGCCGAAAAAUCCCCGCUUAGCGUAUCAGCCGAUUUACUAAACACCGCCGUGAGAACAUUGUUCAGCGAAUUAGAGAAGCAGAAGGACUUCGCCCCUGACUUCAAGAGAAUCGCAUCUACGCAAGCGGCCGCCCGUAAGCUACUUUACAACCUAACGAAAUCUCGACAGUUUGAUCAUGUAUUUUCCUUAGAUUUGGAUGAGCUCAAGACAGUCCUCGCUCAAUGUCUUCCUCAAAAAUUCGGUGACGGCAAGUGUCCGUUGCUGCUUGAGGCUCUGCUUAAGGGCUUCAUGCCUCUGGUCGAAGAGUUAGAAAAGCAGUAUGUCGGCAGAUAUUCUGGUAGAGUGUACGAUGUGUCCGACGAACGUAGCUACGCCAAAGUGUUUAUCACUUGUUUCUAUACGCUUCAUAAGACGCUGAAUAAGUUGAACAAGGGGUGUAUGAACGGUGGCCCCUGGAAUGACAAACCAUGUUGUGAAAAGGGGAAACGCGGCGAGAAUCCAUUUGGUCAAUUUAUGAUUCAGUGCGGAUUCCGGAUCGCCAAGGAUGCGGACUCCAAAGACGGCGAAUUGAAGCAUCCCUCUGACAAGUUCACCAGUAAGGCGAUCCACGACAAACUUCUCGACAGCAAAUUCAUAGAUCCCGAAUUACGCACGCACCUUAUUAAGUGCGAAUCCAAUAUACACAACAAGCCCGAUCAGUUCGACAUUUUCGAUCUCCUCGACUGCACUCUUCAUCACUUUGACAGGUACAACGAGCUGUGUCACAUACCCACUGCGUCAUCAACCAAAGUGCCAAGCAGCAUAUACGAUAUGCUCAUAUGGUUUUGUAGUCUACCCUACAGUGCCGUCUAUCCAACGCUGUUACGUGACACUAUAAGCGAUCUUCUUACUGACAAAGCUAAGCAAAAGCCACAGGCGCACGACGGGCUGGAGUUCACAUUCAUCGAUCCGGCGUCGCAAUCCCUAGCAGCGUACCCAAAGAGCAUACCGUACAGUGAAGUAGUCUCCGCACUCGAACAUCUUUGUUCCAAAUCGCACGAUGUUCUCACUUGCAUCGUAGGCUACGGCGACGCAUACAGCACCUACGGCAGCGACUAUUGCAACAAUUCAUUUGGAUUUAAGUAUCCCUCCUCAGGGGAGGAUUGUUUGCAGAUGAUCACUGAUCUCCUCCGUAGGCUUCUCCAUUGUCUUCGGUAUCUGCAUAAACAGUGCGGCGUAACAGCCAAGCACAACGGUUGGUCCGACUGCAGAUUCGGCAAGGACGUUAAGUCAGCCAAAUGGGAGUGCAAAGAUCACUCAACCGACGAACCUAAUUGCCAAGCAAACGACAAGGCAACGUGCCAAGCAACUUGCCAAGCAAAAUCGCCGCUUCAGUCCUACUUAACCGAUUGCUUAUAUGGCCACUUGCCUCAUCAACUCACCAGUGUUGGAUGUAAAUCAACAUGCAAGUCGUGUCCUGGUAGCUCUCCCGGGAUGCCGUGUUUAACGCCACUUGGGUUCAGCGGCUUUUCAGGCUCAACUCGCAAGGGUACGGACCUAUGCGAGGUGCUCGAUGCAUUCUUCUCUAACGAUUAUCUGUCAUCGCUGUUCACGCUAGCUCCGCGACCGCCGGAAACGCUACCGGAGCACAUCGGAUUUGCUUUGUCACUAGCAGCGGCGCUUAAUGCUGGACAGCCGGUCAGGAAGCCCGCUCAAGAAUCGUUCAGCGAUGCAUUCGAGAAGUCCAUCAAGGGAGCCACCAUCAGCCUUUAUGAGAAUCCCUCAAAUUAUACUGCUGCCGUUAAAAAUGCCUAUAAAAACACACAAAGUCACGAAGGUCAUAGCCAUCCCCCAGCGACGGAGGCGGACGUAUACACGCUUAUGUUCCCAUCAACUUGUUUGCGUUCAAGCGACGACAGGCUGUACUGUGCUCCAUACCUGUAUACGUUAGGCAUGGAUACGCAUCAUUAUCUUGCCUACCAACAUACGAAUCUCUAUCUGUCAUGGACGAUGUAUCUGCCCUGGACAUUCUAUUCAUACCUUAGAAGUCUACUUGAGGCCUUCAAAAAUGUUUCCUGCCAGGAAUGGGAGUGCAGCAAAUGUAUGCAUCGCGGAAAAUGCAAGAAGGGCCAGCAUGGCGUCGACUACAACUGCCAGUGCAAAGGUAUAAUAGAGUGCCGUGGCGUAAGUAGCGCAUUCCACAAAUACGGUUUCACAUUCGGCGACCCUGCAAUUCUGUCUGAGGUGGAAGGGAAACGAUAUUGCCACAACUUCUACAACCAACUCGUUAACGUCUUAAAAUCGAAUUGCUUUGCUAAGUUAUUUGAUAAAUGCGACGAAUUCCUCUGGAUCAUCAGACAACCGUUCACAUACUUGGUUCUCGCACUCUGGUCACUAUCCCUCUUCUACCUCCUUUGCGUAAUGGUUGGCAGACUGGAUGUGCUCCACAUCAAAUCACACUUACGAUCACCGUCAUCGCACAGGAUAACGGCGCAAUCACUGUUGGCUGCAGCGCAAGUCGGAAGGCUUGCCAAGAUAUCGUAUCUACAACCGUAA